CUUCGUGGUAGAAUGUUAACUUUCCCAUAGAGUGAUCCACGCAUUGGCACAGGCCGUACUGAUACCGUAAGUAUUAACGUACUGACUCGGACACGGACGCCUGGGGCCCGAAGUUCUCUUCCUCCCUUCAUUUCUCCCUUGACUAUUCCACAAACUCAAAAUCGCUGCCUGAACGCGAUGGCAACUCGUUAUUUCGCUGGAUUUCAGCGUCAUACUACUCGCAACCGACCCUUCUAUGAUCCUCAACUUCCUUCUUAUUCCUCUGCCGUUCGCGAAAAAUUGCAUCUCCAGUCCAGUGGUAGGCAAUGGCUCGUGCCUAUGACAGCCCCAACGCGCCGAAUACGUCUCCAGUCCGUGAGCCCGGGGCCUCGCUCCAGAUUAGCCCGAGUCGGUCGACGAAGAGGUUUCAUCUGUCGAUGUGUUGCUUUCCUUACUGUAGUCUUUGCCAUUGCAGUGGUCAUCCUCACGCUGUUGGGUACUGAAGAGUCACACUGGGCACCUCCGUUCAGGGAUUCAACCCUCGUGUUUGGCAGAGAGAAUUUGCAACGCAUUUGGAAGUGGGAGAUUGAGAGCGGACAUUACCCCAGUAAUGGGAAGAUACCCGAGCAGAUUGGUUUCACCUCCGCAAUUUUGAAUCCGGCCUUGCCUCCAGCAAAGGCACACACACUCAUUUCACCGUUUACGCCCCCACCAGGGCCAGUAACCACCAUUACACGGGGAGUUGGUCCCCGUAGGACUUAUCUUGAAAGUCAGAAGCAGUCUGUCGGCGCUGCCUACCCGCCUAGACCAAUACCCGGCAGCAUUGCAGAUUUAGAUAUCAUUCUGGAGCAGUGUAAUUUUUCAGAGGGCAAGUAUGUCCGUGAUUGCUUGGAAUUUUUGCGCGUCUCAGCUGGUUUGGAUAAUGGCCGAAGACUUCGACGAGGAUCAGUGGAUGGGUGGAAAUACGCUUUUAUGGAAGAGGGUCGACUAGAAGAAGAAAAAUUUCCCCGCGCUACACAGGCUGCACCUAUAGUGCCUGUUGGGCCAUACCCCACCGGACGUCAAAACUCCAACGCGGGGUUGAUGAAGAAGAGGAAUGUGCAGUGGGAACGUCCACUAGAGCUCCCGCCCCCCGAGCAGCCAAGUGUGGGUUCAAACCGUUCGACUGCUUGUGAUCCUGAAAAUCUCCGCCUGUUCCAUAUGUUUUGGGCAGGUCCAUUCAACGAGAAGCCAUACGUCGCGCUGUUAUCCUUUCUUUUCACCCAGAAUCUUGGCCUCCAUCUUGAACCGGGGCAAGAGCUCGACGUUUGUCGUCCACAGAUUUGGUUGUGGAUCAAUCCUGGUCCUGCAGCGGCCGUUCCAAACCCCUCUGCGCUCACAGAUAUGUACGACGCACUGAAGACGAACCCAUGGGCGGCACCUUUCCUUCAUCCACGUUUCAAGAAUGUUAUCAAAUUCAGACUGUGGAACACGACAGAACAACUUGAUAGCAACCUAGAACUGAGAGACGAGUGGAGAAAAAUGGACACACUCUUCAAUUCAGGGGGUGUGACUGUGAGCGUACCUGCCGAGCAACCCGCAGGGAGCUCUAGUACUAUAUCUAAAACUGGUGACAUGGUCCAUCGCCUUGGUUCGAAAUCGGAAGCGACUUAUGAUAGGCUUUCUGUGAUUUUGUCUGACAUGGCACGUUUCAUUGUCACUCAUCGCUAUGGAGGGAUCUACCUAGAUGCCGAUACCAUCUUCUUGAGGGACUGGGAGGAGCUUUGGGGAUGGAAAGGCGCGUUUGCCUACCGGUGGUCCUAUCACGAAGACUACAACACUGCUGUACUCCAUCUCAACAAGGGUUCCGCCCUUGGUUCUUUCCUCUUCCGUACCGCAUUGAAGAACGGCUUCGACUUUCAUCCUGUCGCUGUCUCUAAGUACCUUAAAGAGGCACACUUGGAGAACCUUUUGUUACGCGUUCCUGACGCGCUAUUCGACCCAGCGUGGCUAAACACGGAAGGCUAUCAAAUGGAAAGGCCACCACACCCUUUUUUCGCCGGCUUUGCUGAUUUCUUUGACACUCCAGAAGUGCAAAGUGCUGCGCCGCAGGUCACCGGAUUUGAAGGGUUCUUCAGGGGAGCAUUCUCGUAUCACUUUCAUAACUUCUGGUGGAAGCCAUUCGAUCCUGCGAGGAAUUGGCCGGACUUGGGGCCUAAAUUUGCAGGUGGUGAAAGGGCAGCGCGCGCUGCUGCCAACCCUCAUGCAGACCCUGAUGAUUGGAGCGACAAAAUAACCGAUGACAAGCGUGACUUGGACUGGGCGACUGUGCUGAAACGAACGUUUGAGGGCUACAUCCGUGGAGAAAAACCAAAUAUGUAUGGUGAAUGGUUGCGGUGGUGACGAUCUGAACAGGAAGACAUUUUCAAUGCGGAUCUAUUUGACGCAAACUUUGGACCUUACUAUCAAAAGACUUUUUACAAUGAUAUGCUACGAAUAGUGGGGCGCUGACAUGGGCUGUGGUGAUUAUUUUUGUGACUGCAGAUGGCUAGGCUGAACAGCCAGGCAUGCUCCAAAGCCAGUGCCAGCCUAAAUAUCGCCUUUAAGAAAUUCACACCCAAAUGAUCAAUUUGGCUACUUAUGCCCGUUA